UUCACAAUUUCUCCAGCAGGCAGACAGGCUCCAGCCUGUUAUCUAAGAUCAUCACGUGGACUAGAACCUAAGUUCUCUGGCUUCACAUUUCAGCCCCUUCUACUCCAUUGGGAGCACGCGGCCGGAAAAGGGGUCAUCCACACACUACGCUUCUAAGGCUGGCGACUUUGGGGGAUGCCCGCCCUAAGGAUGGAACAAAGGCCUGUCAGCAGCCCCGCGCGUGCGAUCGCGGCCACCCCGAACGUGAGGUGGAGCAAAGUGGAAUGAGUCGCGGAGUGUACACAGGGAGGUGCCUCCCAAGGCUCAAGGAGAAGAAAACGAGCGCUCCAGCCCCACUUUUUGCAUUUCCACAGCGACUGCUAUGCGAAUGAGGAACCAGUUUUCGCCACUGGGAGCAACAGCAACAGCCCGACCAGCCUGACUUCCGGGCGGCGCGCGCGCUGCGUGCCGCGUCACAGCGUCGGCGCGUGACGUGUCGGAGAGCGGGCUUUGGCGCGAGCUUGUGAAAGCAAGCCGCGGGGGCGGGGCUGCGGGCUGCGUGUCGGCUGUUGUCUGGGCGGUGGGUGUCUGCCGGAGGAACCUAGGGUCCGAUUGUGACCGAAUUGUCUGCUCCGGCCGAAAAGAGCUGCGUCUGUGGAGGCGGUUAGUGCUGGCGGGGUGGACGCGGGCCGGCGCUCCGCGGUCUCAGGCGGCGGGGGCGCCCCUCAUGCGGCGGGGAGCUGCCUCUCCCGGCCCCGGAUGUCUGUGCCAGCCCCGCGCUGACUGGGACGAGGGACCCGCCCUCCUGACCGCAGAUUUAGGACCAAUAAGCCUUAAUUGGUUUGAAGAACUUUCUUCAGAAGCUCCACCCUAUAAUUCUGAAACUGCAGAAGAAUCUGAAUAUAAAAUCAGCAGUUCUGAAACAAACCUAUUUAAAACACCACAAAGGAAACCUAAUCAUCUAUUGGCUUCAACUCCAAUAAUACCCAAAGAGCAAGCUCUAACUCUGCCACUGUACCAGUCUCCUCUAAAAGAAUUAGAUAAAGGCAGGUUAGAUUUAGAGAAUGAAAAUUCACAAUCCAGAGCAUACACAUCAUCACUGAAUUAUCGUACUGUUCCAGGAAAGGAUAUCACCAAUAAUAAGCAUAAAAGUUGUUGCACAAUGAAGGCUAAAAUGGAUCAAGCAAAUGAUGUUUCCAGCCCACCUCUAAAUUGUCUUAUUGAAAGUCCUGGUGUUCUGCGAUGUAUGCAUGUAACACCACAAAGAGAAAAGUCAGUGGUAUGUGGAUAUUUAUUUCAUACACCGAAGCUUCUGACGAAUCAGACACCAAAACAUAUUUCUGAAAGUCUAGGAGUUGAGGUGGAUCCUGAUAUGUCUUGGUCAAGUUCUUUGGCCACACCACCGACCCUCAGUGCUACUGUGCUCAUAGUCAGAGAUGAAGAAGCAUGUGCAGCUGUAUGUCCUAAUGAUACUACUGCUAUUUUGAAAAACGAUUUUUCUAACAAUGAUGAAAGUCUGAAGAAAAAUAAUAGGUUUAGCCCUUCUGGGCUAGACAAUGAAAACAAAAAUCAAAGAGAAGCUAAAAGUCAUGGAUUGGAGAAUUCAUUUGGUAAAGUAAGUAGCUGCAAAGAUCAUUUUGGAAAGUCAAUGCCAAAUGUCCUGGAAGAUGACAUACAUGAAAAAGUUGCCGAUGUUUCUGGAGAUAAUUUUUCAUUAUGUGUUUCUCGAUAUAAAACAAGAAAUUUUCAAGAAAUAAAAGCUGGCAAGACUAGGAAAAAUAUUUUCAAUGAACCAAAAAACGAUGAAUGUGAAGAAGCUAAAAAACAAAUGAAAGAAAAUAAACAUUCAUUUGUGUCUGAAAUGGAACCAAAUGACAGUGGUCCUUUCGAUUCAAAUAUAACAAGUCAGAAGCCCUUUGGGAAUGGAAGUGACACUGUCUCCGAGGAAAUUGUACACUCUUCAGCCUCUGAGUGGUCUCAGCUAAACCUCUCAGGUCUAAAUGGAACCCAGAUGGAGAAAAUACCCCUACUGCGUAUUUCUUCUUGUGACCAAAAUAAUUCAGAAAAAGACCUCAUAGGCACAGAGAAAGAACGUACCAACUUUAUUACUUUAGAAAAUUCUUUGCCACAUAUUUCAAGUGAACCAAAAGCAGAGAAGGUAUUACAUCAGGAAACAGUGGUAAAUAAGAGAGAUGAUGGGCAGUAUCUUGAAUCUCAUGAAGAUUCCACUCUUGUGGAAAAGCACGCAGUACCUGAAACUUCCCUGAUAGCUUCUCCACUUCAGGGUAGCAAAAAGGCUAUAUUCAGGAUCAGAGAAUCGCCUGAAGAGAUGUCCAGUGCAAUUUUCUCAAGUAAUAUGACUGAUCCAAACUUGAAAGAAGACCCUGAAGCCUCUGAAAGUGGGUUGGAAAUACAUACUGUUUGCUCACAGAAAGAGAGUUCUUCAUAUACAAGUUCAGUUGAUAAUGGAAGCUGGCCAGCCACUAUCAAACACACUUCUGUAGCUUUGAAGAAUACAAGUUUAAUAUCCACUUUGAGAAAGAAAACUAAAAAGUUUAUUUAUGCUAUAAAUGAUGAAACAUCUUAUCAAGGACUAAAAAUGCAGAAAGACCAAGAAUCAAGACUGACUGACUAUUCAGCCCAAUUUGAAUCAAAUGCUUUUGAAGCAUCACCUACAGUUACAAAUGCUGAUUCAGGUUUAUUACAUUCUUCUGUCAAAAACAACUGUUUACAGAAUGAUUCUGAAGAACCAGCUUUGUCUUUAACCAGCUCUUUUGGGACAAAUCUGAGAAAAUAUUCCAGUAAUGAAAACAGUUCUUCUGAUAAUAAAAUAAUAUCUCAGGAACUUGAUUGUAAAGAAGCAAAAAUUAAUAAAGGAAAACUGCAGUCAUUUAUAACCACAGAAACUGAUUAUCUCUCAUGCUUGCAGGAAAAACAUUGUAAAGCUGACCCAAAAAGCCAAAGCAUUAUAGAUAUAAAAGAAAACGUCUUGCCUACAGUAUGUCACUCUGCAAUGCCACAUUCAGAAGUACAAUGUAGUGGUAUUCACUUUCCAUCCCAGGAAAGCUUUUUAUAUAACCAUGAUAAUGCCAGUAUUUUAACUCCUAGCUCUAAGGAUCCUCCAUCAAACCCAGUUGUGAUCUCUAGAGGAAAAGAAUCAUAUAAAACAUCAGAGAAACUAAAAUGUAUGAAUUGUGAAGCUGGUUUUGAUUUAACCAAAAAUAUUACCAUGGAAAAGAAUCAAGAAAUAUGUGUUUUAAAUGAAAAUUCUAAAAAAGCUGAGCUAUUGUCACCUGAAAAAUACAUAACAGUAGCAUCAUCUUCUAUGAAGGUACAAUUCAUCCAAAAUACAAAUCUCACAGUAAUCCAAAAGGAUCAAGAAGAGACAACUUCAGUUCCAAAAAUAACUGUCAAUUCAAACUCUGAAGAACUUUUCCAAGACAGUGAGAAUGAUUUUGUCUUUGAAUCAACUACUGAAAUGAAUAUUCCUGUUUUAGAAAAUACUAAGGAACUUCACAAGGCUGACCUCAGUUGUGUAAGAAGACCUAUUUUCCAGAACUCUACCAUUGUAGUAGGUACAGGUAUAGAUGACAAACAAACAGUCAGAGUGUCUGUUACAGAAGAUUUUGAUUCAACUAUAGUCCAUGAUCUUACAGAGAAAAACAGAAAUGAUAUAACACAACAACUAAAAACUACUCUAAGCAAAGAUUCAAAAUCAGACAUUUCCUUGGAUAUAGAUAAGAAAUCAAAUAGAAAUAAUGAUUAUAUGGACAAAUGGGCAGGACUCUCAGAUCCCAUUUCAAAUCACAAUUUUGGAAAUGGCUUCAGAACAGCUUCUAAUAAAGAGAUAAAACUCUCUGAACACAACAUUAAAAAAGGUAAAGUGUUCUUCAAAGAUAUUGAAGAACAUUUUUAUACUGAUUUAGCUUGUGUUGAAAUUAUAAAUACCUCAUCGUUAGAAAAUCAGAAGCAACUAAGUAAACCUCAUGCACUUAAUUCACAGUCAACUAAUACUGUAUCUGGGUGUAUACCGAGUAGUGCAUUUGCUUCUAAUAGUGAAAAUAGUCACACAACUCCUCCAACUUUAUCUUUAAAGCAAGAUUUUAGUUCAAACCACAAUUUAACACCGAGUCAAAAGGCAGAAAUUACAGAACUUUCUACUAUAUUGGAAGAAUCAGGAAGUCAGUUUGAAUUUACACAGUUUCAAAAACCGAGCCAUGUGAUACAGAAUAAUACAUUUGAAAUGCCUGAAAACCAGAUGCCUGUCAUGAAUACCACUUCUGAAGAAUGGAAAGACAUUGAUCUUCAUCUCAGAAUUAAUGCCCCAACUAUCAGUCAGGUACAUAGCAGCAGUAAAUUUGAAGGUAAGCAAAAGUUUGCUUGCUCAUUGAAAACCAACUGUAACAAAAGUGCUUCUGGAUAUUUAGCAGAUAAAAAUGAAAUGAAGUUUAGAGGAUUUUAUUCUGCUCGUGGCACAAAACUGAAUGUUUCUAGUGAAGCACUGCAAAAAGCUAUGAAACUGUUCAGUGACAUUGAGAAUAUUAGUGAAGAAACUUCUGCAAUAGAUCCAAGAAGUUUCUCUUCAAAUAAAUGUAACGAUUCUGUUGUUUUGUUGUUUAACCUAGAAAAUUAUAACGAUACAAAUUUAAAUGAAAACAAUAAUAAGUGCCAACUAAUACAACAAAAUAAUAUUGAAAAGACUACUGACACGUUUGUUAAUGAAAAUGCUGCAGAUCGCAAGAAAAACACAGAAAAUGAAAAUGACAAAUACGCUGGUGCCAGUAGAAAUAUUUGUAACUUAGGAGACUCUAAUGGCAUUGAUUCAAGUAAAAACAAUACAGUUUAUAUCCCUAACGUUGAAAAUGCCUGGCCAUGUGUUGAUCAGCACAACAUAAAUCUAAAAUCAUCUAGCCAGUUUAUGAAGGAGGGAAACACUGAAGUCAAAGAAAGUGUGUCGGAUUUAACAUGUUUGGAAGCUGUGAAAGCUGAAGAAACAUUUCAUGUUAAUAUGUCAAAUAAACAACAGUUAACUAAAAAGAUGGGGCAAAACAUAAAAGAUUUUGACUUUUUUGAUAUAUCCUUUCAGACUGCAAGUGGGAAAAAUAUCAGCAUUUCCAAAGAUUCAUUAAAUAAAGUUGUAAAUUUCUUUGAUCAAAAAUGUGCAGAAGAAUUGAGUAACUUUUCAGAUGCCUUGAACUCUGAAUUUCUUUCUGGAAUAAAUGUCAACAAAGUAGACAUUUCAAGUCAUGAGAAAACAGAUAUGGUUAAAGAAAAAACAUUGAAAGAAGGUGACCCAGUUGGUAUUGAAAAUCAAUUACUGGCUCUCCAACCAGGACCAGAAUGUGAAAUCAAAAAGAUAAAAGAACCUACCAUGUUGGGUUUUCUUACAGCUAGUGGGAAAAAGGUAAAAAUUGCGAAGGAAUCUUUGGACAAAGUGAAAAAUAUUUUUGAUGAAAAAAAGCAAUAUAAUAAUAGUAAAGCCACUGAUUUUAGCCAUCGAGGGGCAAAGAUGCUGAAGAACAGAGAAGACUGUAAAGAAGGGCUUGAAUUAGCAUGUGAGACAGUUGAAAUAACAACUGACCCAAAGUAUGAAGAAAUGCAGAAUUCUCUAGAGGAGAAAAAACUUGUUUAUAACAAGACUGCCAUGCUACCCAGGCUAUCACGUGAUAACUUAUACAGACAAACUGAAAAUCUCAAAAUGUCAAAUAGUAUCUCUCUGAAAAUUAAAGUACAUGAAACCAUAGAAAAAGAAACAGUAAAAUGUCCUACAACUUGUUACACAAAUCAGUUCACUUGUUCAGUUGAAAAUUCAGCAUUAGCAUUUUACACAGGACAUGGUAGAAAAAUUUCUGUGAGUCAGGCUUCACUACUUGAAGCGAAAAAAUGGCUUAGAGAAGGAGAAUUGGAUGGUCAACCAGAAAAAAUAAAUGCUGCCAAGGUUAUAUGUUUAAAAGAAUAUCCUGAGGAUUAUGUAGAAAAUCCUUCAUGUGGAAAUCACUCAAACACUGUCAUAACUGACAAUGAUAAAAAUAUCUGUGAAAAACAAGAUUCAAGUUAUUUAAGGAACAGUACCAUGUCUAACAGUUAUUGGUACCAUUCUGAUUUUUGUCAUUCCAAUGAGGUAUGUAAUACAUCAGAAUCUCUCUUAAAAAAUAAAAUUGAUAAUUCUAUAAUUGAGCCAGUAAUGAAGAAUGUCAAAGACAGAAAAAACACUAGUUUUUCUGAAGUAACAUUCACUAUAAGAGAAACAAACACAUACCCACAAACUGUAAAUGAAGAUAUUUGUGUUCAGAAAUUUGUGACUAACUCUUCCCCGUGUGAAAAUGAAAAUGCAGCCGUGGAAGUGACAGUGUCUGAUUCCAAUAAUUUUGAAGCAGGGGCACCUGAGUUCAACACAGCACAUAGUCAAAUGGUCAGUGUGUCACACGGAACAAAAGGGAGACAGAGGUUUACAGACAACUGCACUCAGGUUGUUAAGCAGAACACUGAGAGUAAAUCAGGCACUGGCCAAACAAAAACUGUGGCAGGGUCCCGGAAGGCAGUGGAUGAUGCAUCAAAAGGUAUUUUUCCUAAUUCCCUGGAUAGCGAAGAACAUAGUAUGUGUUCAUACAAAGUUUUUGCUGACAAUCAAAGUGAGCAAAUUGUACAACACAGCCAAAGCAUGUCUGGAUCAGGGAAGGUUACUAAAGUAUCAUCUUGUCAGGUUAACUUGGAAACUUCCAAUAGAUGUAAAUUUCAUACAGAGAAACUUUCCAAGUUGGUCUCUUCUACGAAUGCUUGUGGAAUUUGUAGCACGGCGAAUGGGAAGUCUGUACAAGUGUCAGAUGCUGCAUUACAAAAGGCCAGACAGGUAUUUUCUAAGCUAGAAGAGAGUGCCCAGCUGCCGUUUUCCGAAGUAUCCUUUGAACAACACUCGGUCACAAGAGAAGAAACUACUAAGACACCUACACCCCAAAAUGCACUAUCAUCUGCUUUCUCUGGAUUUAGUACAGCAAGUGGAAAACAGGUUUCAGUUUCAGAAAGGGCCUUAAACAGAGUUAAGGGGAUGUUAGAGGAAUUUGAUUUCAUCAAAAGUGAAUGUGGUCCUCAAUGUUCACCUACAUCCAGACAAGGUGUGUCAAAAAUACGUCCUCUCUCCUGUAUUAAUAAGAGAGCCCCAGAACACUCUGUAAACUCCCACAUGGAAAAAGCCUACAAUAAAGUACUUAAAUUAUCAAAUCGCUGUAACAGUGAAAUUGGUUCUUCAGAUAAUACUCACUCUGUUGAAGUUUCUCCAUGUCUCCCUCGGUUUAAGCAAGACCAACAGCAGUUGGUAUUAGGAAGCAAAGCACCGCUAGUUGAGAACAGUCAUCUUUUGGAGAAAGAACAAGCUUUACCUAAAAACAUAAAAAUGGAAAUUAGGGAAUCUGAAACAUUUCCUAUUCUUCCCAUGAAAACAAAUAUAGAAAUUUGUCCUACUUAUUCCAAAGACCCAGAGAACUAUUUUGAAAAAGAAGCAGUAGAGAUUGCCAAAGCUUUUAUGGAAGAUGCUGAGCUGACGGAUUCUGAACUGCUAAGUCAUCCUGAACACUCUCUUCUUAGGUGCCAAAACAAUGAGAAAACAGUUUUGUUAAAUUCAAGAGCUGGAAAAAGAAGAGGAGAAGCACUUGUCUCGGUUGGAGAGCCCCCAAUCAAAAGAAACUUGAUAAAUGAAUUUGACAGGAUAGCAGAAAAUCAAGAAAAAUCCUUAAAGGCUUCAAAAAGCACUCUAGACGGCACAAUAAAAGAUAGAAGAUUGUUUAUGCAUCACAUUUCUUUAGAGUCGAUUACCUGUACACCCUUUUGCACAACUAAGGAGCGGCAAGAAAUACAGACUCCAAAUUUUACUGCACCUGGUCAAGGAUUUCUGUCAAAAUCUCAUUUUUAUGAACACCUGAAUUUGGAAAAAUCCUCAAGCAAUUUAUCAGUUUUGGGGCAGCCAUUUUAUAAGGUUCCUUUCACAAGAAAUGAAAAAAGAAGGCACUCAAUUACUACAGGCAAACCGAUUAAAGUCUUCGUCCCACCUUUUAAAACUAAAUCACAUUUUCACAGAGAUAAACAGUGUGUUAGCAGCAAUACUAAUUUGGAGGAAAACAAACAAAAACAAAAAAACAUAGAUGAACACGACUCUUCUGUUAGUGAAAAUAGCAUGAAUGACAGUGAAAUUCAUCAGCCUAACAAAGAUAACUCCAAUCAGGCAGUAACUGUCAUCUCCACAAAGUGUGAGGAAGAGCCUUCAGAUUUAAUUACAAAUCUUCAGAAUGCCAGAGAUGCACAGGAUGUGCGGAUUAAAAAGAAACACAGGCAACGUAUUUUUCCACAGGCAGGCAGCCUGUAUCUUGCAAAAACAUCCACUAUGCCUCGAAUCUCUCUGAAAGUCGCAGUCAAAGGCCAAGCUCCCUCUGCAUGUUCUCAUAAACAGCUAUAUAUGUAUGGCGUUUCUAAACACUGUGUAAAAAUUAACAGCAAAAAUGCAGAGUCUUUUCAGUUUCACGUUCAGGAUUAUUUUGGUAAGGAAAGUUUACGGGCUGGAAAGGGAAUACAGUUUGCUGACGGUGGAUGGCUCAUACCCUCCAAUGAUGGAAAGGCUGGAAAAGAAGAAUUUUAUAGGGCUCUGUGUGACACCCCAGGUGUGGAUCCAAAGCUUAUUUCUAGAGUUUGGGUCUAUAAUCACUACAGAUGGAUUAUAUGGAAGCUGGCAGCUAUGGAAUUUGCCUUCCCUGAGCAAUUUGCUAAUAGAUGCCUAAAUCCAGAAAGGGUGCUUCUUCAACUAAAAUACAGAUAUGAUAUAGAAAUUGAUAGAAGCAGAAGAUCAGCUAUAAAAAAGAUAAUGGAAAGGGAUGACACAGCUGCAAAAACACUCGUUCUCUGUGUUUCCGAAAUAAUUCCACCAAGCACAAAUGGACCUGAAACUUCUAGCAGUAAGACUAGCGGUUUGGAGACCAACAGAGCGGUUGCCGUGGAACUGACAGAUGGCUGGUACGCCGUGAAGGCCCAGCUGGACCCUCCCCUCUCAGCCCUCCUACAGGACGGCCGGCUAGCCGUUGGUCAGAAGGUCAUCAUUCAUGGAGCAGAGCUGGUGGGCUCUCCUGACGCCUGCCCACCUCUGGAAGCCCCAGAAUCUCUCAUGUUAAAGAUUUCUGCUAACAGUACCCGGCCUGCUUGCUGGUAUGCCAAACUGGGAUUCUUUCCGGACCCUCGACCGUUUCCUCUUCCCUUGUCAUCACUUUUCAGUGAUGGAGGAAAUGUUGGCUGUGUUGACGUAAUUAUUCAAAGAGUAUAUCCUAUACAGUGGAUGGAGAAAACUUCAUCUGGACUAUACAUAUUUCGCAAUGAAAGAGAAGAAGAAAAGGAAGCAGCAAAAUAUGCGGAAGCUCAACAAAAGAGACUAGAAGACUUAUUCACUAAAAUUCAAGCAGAAUUUGAAGAGCAUGAAGAAAACACAACAAAACAAUGUCUACUGCCACGUGCACUGACCCGACGCCAGGUGCGUGCUCUGCAGGAUGGUGCUGAGCUCUAUGAAGCAGUAAGGACCGCACCAGACCCCAGUUACCUGGAGGGCUAUUUUAGUGAAGAGCAGCUGAGAGCCUUGAAUAAUCACAGGCAGAUGUUGAAUGAUAAGAAGCAAGCACAGAUCCAGCUGGAAUUCCAGAAGGCUGUGGAAUCUGCUGAGCCAGGGGAGCAGAUGGUACCAAGGGACGUUACGACUGUGUGGAAGCUGCGAGUCAUAAGCCAUGAGAAAAAAGGAAAUGAUUCAGCUAUACUGAGUAUCUGGCGUCCGUCAUCAGACUUAUAUUCCCUGUUAACAGAGGGAAAGAGAUACAGAAUCUAUCAUCUUGCAACAUCAAAAUCUAAAAAUAAACCUGGAGGAGCUAAUAUACAGUUAACAGCAACAAAAAAAACUCAGUACCAACAGCUACAGGCUUCAGACGAAAUCCUAUGCCAAGUUUAUCAGCCAAGGAAGCCUGUUCCUUUCAACCAGUUACUGAUUCCGGACUUCCAGCCACCUUGUUCGGAGGUGGACCUAAUAGGAUUUGUAAUUUCUGUGGUGAAAAAAAUAGGUCUUGCUCCGUUGGUCUAUUUGUCGGAUGAAUGCCAUAACUUGUUGGCCAUAAAGUUUUGGGGAGAUCUUAAUGAAGACAUUAUUAAACCUCACGUGUUAAUUGCUGCGAGCAACCUCCAGUGGCGGCCAGAAUCCAAAUCAGGAAUUCCUACUUUAUUUGCUGGAGAUUUUUCCAUGUUUUCUGCCAGUCCAAAGGAGGGCCAUUUUCAAGGGACAUUCCACAAAAUGAGAAAUACUAUUGAGAACAUUGAUAUGUUUUGCAAUGAUGCAGAAAACAAGCUGUUGCUUAUACUUAAUGCAAACAAUGCCAAGUGGUCCACCCCAACUAAAGACUGCCCCUCAGAGCCGCACGCUGCUACAGCGGUCCUUGGCAUAGGAAGUAAGUUUCUGAUGCCUUCUCCCAACAGUGAGAUAAACUAUCAGAGUCCUUUACCAUUUUGUAAGCCAAAAGGGAAGUCUGUUUCCACACCUGUAUCAGUCCACAUGACUUCUAAGUCUGGUAAAGGGGAGAGAGAGAUUGAUGACCCAAAAAGCUGCAAGAAGAGAAGAGCCUUGGAUUUCUUGAAUAGACUGCCUUUACCUCCACCUGUUAGUCCCAUCUGUACUUUUGUCUCUCCCGCUGCACAGAAGGCAUUUCAGCCGCCACGGAGUUGUGGCACCAAAUAUGAAACACCUAUAAAGAAAAGAGAAUUGAAUUCUCCUCAGAUGACUCCACUUAAAACAUGUAAUGACAUUUCUCUUUUGGAAAGUGAUUCAAUAGCUGAUGAAGAACUUGCACUGAUAAAUACCCAGGCCCUUUUGUCUGGUUCAGCAGGAGAAAACCAACUUGUAUCUCAGUGAGCCCACCGGAACGC